AUUAGGGUUUGGCUGGCCUGAGUGACGAGGGUUUGGUUAGCUAGCUUGAAGCUAACACGAAUCGACAAUCACCGCACUGGAAAACUACUCUCAACUCUCAACUAUUCAUUUGGAUCUUCAUCUCGAAAUUCCAAAACUGAACUCUUUCACACAUACGUUCCCUCUGGUUAUGUCACAAAUCCCAAAAUUGAAUCUUUUCAUCGAACAAGUUUACGCCCUCAGCGAUCAAAUUUAUCUUACAAAACGAUUUUGAUAUUAAAAAAAACGUAAUGGAUUUAUUUUGAUUUGCCAAUCAAUCGGUUUUUCAAGACAAUAAUUAUGUGUACUUUAAUGGGCGAUCUCCGGGAACCAACGGGCGACUGGCCGGUGCCGGCACCGUCGACAUCGACAUCGACGAACCCAAGCCCAUGGUCGAUUCGGCCUGAACGCUGGGCCACGGCAGAGAAAGCAACCCAGAAUAUCAUAUGUAAAGUUCAGCCCACUGCUGUGUCGGAGGAAAGAAGAAGAGAGGUUAUCGCUUAUGUGCAGAGGUUGAUCAGAGGUCGCCUUGGUUGUGAGGUUAAACUGAAUUUGAUGGUAGGAGACUCCUUGUCAUGUUGUGGACAAGACAUUGCUUGUCGUCGAGUGAUGAAAAUGCCAAGGGUCGAGUGUGUCCAGGGCAAGGUUGGUUGGAUGGAGCUGAAUUUGCUAGCCAAUGCGUAUGACAGUGGCCUAGACUCUGCCGUCUUGCUUGACUAUAUGGUUGAAAGUGGAGCUGUGUUCCCAUAUGGAUCAGUACCAUUAAAAACUUAUCUUCCUGAUGGAGAUAUUGACCUGACUGCCUUUGGUGUUGCGAGUGUUGAGGAUGCUAUGGCCCAUGAUAUGGUAUCCAUACUUGAAGGAGAAGAUCAAAGUUGUGCUGCAGAGUUUGUCGUAAAGGAUGUCCAACUCAUUCGUGCUGAGUCUACUGUGCAACCCACGGCAUGGUCUAGGGUUUCUGUUAUCCUGUGCCUGACUAGUGGUUGUAUGUGGUGGUUGGAUAUCAUUGUUGCUGUGGUUAAGCUUGUAAAAUGCAUUGUGCAGAAUAUUGUUGUGGAUAUUUCAUUCAAUCAAAUAGGGGGGCUCUGUGCGCUAUGCUUUCUUGAGCAGGUUGACUGCCUUAUUCGAAAGGACCAUCUCUUUAAGCGCAGUGUCAUACUGAUUAAGGCCUGGUGCUAUUAUGAGAGUCGCAUUCUUGGGGCUCAUCAUGGCUUGAUUUCUACAUAUGCUUUGGAGACUUUAGUUUUAUAUAUCUUCCAUCUCUUCCACUCAACAUUAAAUGGUCCUCUGGCAGUCCUCUAUAGAUUUUUGGACUACUUCAGCAAAUUUGAUUGGGACAACUACUGCAUCAGUUUAAUUGGGCCAGUCCGUCUAUCUUCAUUGCCUGAAAUCGUGGCUGAGGCACCCGAAAAUGGUGGAAGUGACCUAUUGCUGAGCAAUGAUUUUCUUAGAUUUUGUGUGGAGACUUUCUCAGUUCCUUUGAAAGGUGUUGACAUAAAUUCAAGGACAUUUCUUCCAAAGCAUCUGAACAUAGUUGAUCCAUUAAAGCAAAGCAACAACCUUGGCCGAAGUGUCAGCAAAGGAAAUUUCUUUCGGAUACGGAGUGCUUUCACGUAUGGGGCUCGAAAACUUGGACAAAUUCUCUUGCAGCCAGAAGAAAACAUAGAUGUAGAACUUCUUAAAUUUUUCUCAAACACUUUGGAUAGACAUGGGAGUGGACCGAGGCCUGAUGUUCAAGAUUCUGUCCCAAUAUUUAAUCACUCUAGGUUUGAGCCUGCAUUCUCAGUUUCAGAGACCAAGCCAUGUCAAGAAUACAAGGUCAUUUCUAAAUGUAUUGACAGAUCUGGAGAUUUUAAGUUCAAUCCUGAUGGAUUGACCCAGGACACAGUCAAUAACAUUGAGGCAUCCGGAACAGAAACAACAUUUAGCAAAAUGGCAGAUGGACAUCAAAGAGGCUAUGUGGAAGUGUGUCACUCUACAAAGCCAUCGGAGGCUGACAGUUCAUCCAAAAGGAGUGUUCUUUUGGGUUUUCGUUGGGAUUCAAAAGACCUCUCUACCACCAAAAUUCAUGGUCUUAGGAUUUCAAAUGAUUCAGCUGAAGUUUCCCCUCUAAAUGUUGAGGUGAGUGCUUCAUCAGUGGGUAUAGCACAUCAUGCACCACACCUCUAUUUCUCCAACUCCAGAUUGGGUAAUGGAGAUAUAAGACAUGGAAUUUCAGACUCACAACAGUCAGAACAUUAUGAAAAUGAAGUUUCUUCUGGACUGUUGCAAGCACCUGAUGGAGGAGGCAUUAUCAUUGGCCAUGUCCAGCACAAGAACCUCUUGGUUGGUGAUCAGGAGGUUCCAACCCCUGUUGGUUCAAAGGAUGAUCCUUCAGUUCCGAAACCAGUUGCUUUCCCACAAGAUUUACAUCAUGUUAAUUGGGAUUGUGCCUCGGAAAGCAAUGCUGGAAAUUCUGAAUCGUUGAAAUUGUCAGAUCUCAGUGGGGAUUAUGACAGUCAAUUGAAUUAUUUACGAUAUGGCCGGUUGUACUACGAGUAUGCCUUGAGUGUGCCUGCUCUGCCCAUGCCACCCCCACCACCACCCCCUCUUGCUCAGUUUCAGUUCAAGAAUUCAUGGGAUGCAAUUCAGCACUCAUCACAGUUCAAUGGUAAUGGGGUUUCCCACGGGAGUGCCAAUGGUGUUCUCCCAAGUCCAGCAUUCUAUCCCAUGAACCCAGUGUUGGUACCUGGUGGCACCUUUGGCUUGGAAGAGAUGCCAAAGCCACGAGGAACAGGAACAUACUUUCCCAACAUGAGUCGGUCUCCACAAGGUUAUAGGCCUUCAACAGUGAAGGGAAGGAAUCAGGCACCUGUGAAGUCCCCUCGUAAAAAUGGCUGGGGUGUGACACCCAUUGAAGCGAAUAUGCUCGACGGAAGCAGCCGUGAGCAAUCACAAUCAGCAGUCGCUGUUGACCAUGUUGGUGGGAAGCCGGGGUCUUCAGACAUCCACCAGUGUGGUUCCCCUCGUGGGAAAGUACACCCUCAUGCCAAUGGUUCAGUCCUCCAAUCGGGGGGAGUUGUUGAUUUUGGGUCAGUAGGGCAUGCGUUAUUGGGAGCACCCUUGCUAGAAAACAGCAGGCAACCAAGAACUGUCUCGUUGCUACCUCAAGCUUCUAGCCAAGGCCUCCCCUCUCCUGGAACACAAAAACCAAAAAUUUUGUUGCCUUUGGAUCAGGAUAGGGUUACGGUACAGUCAUCAUAUCAUCUAAAAGAUGAUGAUGAUUUCCCUCCUCUGUCUGUCUAA